GCUGCGGCUCAGCUGAUAAUUGAAGGGACGACAAGCCGCCGCCGUCGCCGCCGCCGCUGGGGGGGGUGGGGGGAGCCAGUGGAAGUUGCCGUCGCGCCACCGAGUCCGGACCGGAGACUUUGGGGCCUAACUAGUGAAUGGUAGUGUCUAGAAAGGGUAUGUCCCUUCAAGAGAGAGGUGCCAAUGUCCAACCGGCCUAAUAACAAUCCAGGGGGGUCACUGCGACGUUCACAGAGGAACACUGCCGGGGCCCAACCACAAGACGACUCAAUAGGAGGAAGGUCACAUUUAGGGCAGGCAAAACGUAAGGGAUAUAUCCCUCCUGAGAGUAGAAAAUCUAAUUUUAAGGCACCCAAAGUGCAAUCUAAUACUACUUCUGAACUGUCAAGGGGACACCUUUCUAAAAGAAGCUGCAGUUCAUCAUCUGCUGUCAUAGUUCCACAACCAGAGGAUCCAGACAGAGCCAAUACUUCAGAAAGGCAGAAAACGGGGCAGGUGCCUAAAAAGGACAAUUCUCGAGGAGUGAAACGCAGUGCUAGUCCAGACUACAACAGGACCAAUUCUCCUAGCUCUGCGAAAAAACCCAGAGCAUUUCAGCAUAUUGAGUCUCUCUCAGAAACCAAUAAGCCACAUAGUAAGUCAAAGAAGAGACAUUUAGACCAGGAGCAACAACUGAAAUCUUCACAAUUGCCGUCAACAAGCAAGGCUCACACCAGAAAGAGUGUGGCUGCUGGUAGUUCACGGAGUCAGAAAAGAAAGAGGACAGAGAGUUCUUGUGUUAAGAGUGGUUCUGGGUCCGAAUCAACUGGUGCCGAAGAGAGAUCUGCAAAACCCACCAAGCUGGCUUCAAAAUCGGCCACCUCAGCCAAAGCUGGGUGUAGCACCAUCACUGAUUCUUCUUCUGCUGCCUCUACUUCCUCCUCAUCUUCAGCUGUAGCCUCGGCCUCUUCUACUGUACCAGCAGGUGCCAGGGUGAAACAAGGAAAAGACCAGAACAAGGCCAGGCGUUCCCGUUCAGCAUCCAGCCCUAGUCCCAGAAGAAGUAGCAGGGAAAAGGAACAGAGUAAAACUGGUGGCUCUUCAAAAUUUGAUUGGGCUGCUCGAUUCAGCCCCAAAGUUAGCCUACCUAAAACAAAACUGUCUCUUCCAGGGUCUUCUAAGUCAGAGACAUCAAAACCUGGACCUUCUGGAUUACAGGCCAAAUUAGCAAGCUUAAGAAAGUCUACCAAGAAGCGCAGUGAGUCCCCACCUGCUGAGCUCCCCAGUUUGAGGAGGAGCACACGCCAAAAGACCACGGGCUCCUGUGCUAGUACCAGUCGGCGAGGCUCUGGCCUGGGCAAGAGAGGAGCAGCUGAGGCCCGGCGGCAAGAGAAAAUGGCAGACCCUGAAAGCAAUCAGGAGACAGUAAAUUCCUCAGCUGCCCGGACAGAUGAAGCUCCCCAAGGAGCCGCAGCCUCUAGUUCUGUUGCAGGGGCUGUUGGCAUGACCACCUCUGGGGAGAGUGAAUCGGAUGAUUCUGAGAUGGGACGAUUACAAGCUCUGUUAGAGGCCAGGGGUCUUCCUCCUCACCUGUUUGGUCCUCUUGGUCCUCGGAUGUCACAACUUUUUCAUAGAACAAUUGGAAGCGGAGCUAGUUCUAAGGCCCAGCAGCUUCUUCAAGGAUUACAAGCCAGUGAUGAAAGUCAACAGCUUCAGGCAGUCAUUGAAAUGUGUCAGCUAUUGGUCAUGGGGAAUGAGGAGACACUAGGAGGGUUUCCUGUGAAGAGUGUUGUUCCAGCUUUGAUAACAUUACUGCAAAUGGAACAUAAUUUUGACAUUAUGAAUCAUGCUUGCCGAGCCUUAACGUAUAUGAUGGAAGCGCUCCCUCGGUCAUCUGCUGUCGUAGUAGAUGCUAUCCCUGUUUUCUUAGAAAAGCUGCAAGUUAUUCAGUGUAUUGAUGUGGCAGAGCAGGCCUUGACUGCCUUGGAGAUGUUGUCACGCCGACACAGUAAAGCCAUCUUACAGGCAGGUGGUUUGGCAGACUGUUUGUUGUAUCUAGAAUUCUUCAGCAUCAAUGCCCAAAGAAAUGCACUAGCAAUUGCAGCCAAUUGCUGCCAGAGUAUCACACCAGAUGAGUUUCAUUUUGUGGCAGAUUCCCUACCAUUGCUUACCCAAAGGCUAACUCAUCAGGACAAAAAGUCAGUAGAAAGCACUUGCCUUUGUUUUGCACGUUUAGUGGAUAACUUUCAACAUGAGGAGAACUUACUGCAACAGGUUGCUUCCAAAGAUCUACUUACAAAUGUUCAACAACUGUUGGUGGUGACUCCACCGAUUUUAAGUUCUGGGAUGUUUAUUAUGGUGGUUCGAAUGUUUUCUCUGAUGUGUUCCAACUGUCCAACAUUAGCUGUUCAACUUAUGAAACAAAACAUUGCAGAAACACUUCACUUCCUCCUAUGUGGUGCCUCCAAUGGAAGUUGUCAAGAACAGAUUGAUCUUGUUCCACGAAGUCCUCAAGAACUGUAUGAACUGACAUCUCUGAUUUGUGAACUUAUGCCAUGUUUACCAAAAGAAGGCAUUUUUGCAGUUGAUACCAUGUUGAAAAAGGGAAAUGCGCAGAACACAGAUGGUGCAAUAUGGCAGUGGCGUGAUGACCGAGGCCUCUGGCAUCCCUAUAACAGGAUUGACAGCCGGAUCAUUGAGGUAGCAGCCCAUCAGGUCGGUGAGGAUGAGAUAAGCUUGUCCACUCUGGGACGAGUUUAUACUAUUGAUUUUAAUUCUAUGCAGCAAAUCAAUGAGGACACGGGAACAGCACGUGCCAUUCAGAGAAAACCUAACCCCUUAGCCAAUACUAACACUAGUGGAUAUUCAGAGUUAAAGAAGGAUGAUGCUCGAGCACAGCUAAUGAAAGAAGAUCCGGAACUGGCUAAGUCUUUCAUUAAGACCUUAUUUGGUGUUCUCUAUGAAGUGUAUAGCUCCUCAGCAGGACCUGCAGUCAGACAUAAGUGCCUUAGAGCAAUUCUUAGGAUAAUUUAUUUUGCUGAUGCUGAACUUCUGAAAGAUGUUCUGAAAAAUCAUGCUGUUUCAAGUCACAUUGCUUCCAUGCUAUCAAGCCAAGACCUGAAGAUAGUAGUUGGAGCGCUUCAGAUGGCAGAAAUCCUAAUGCAAAAGUUACCUGAUAUUUUUAGUGUUUACUUCAGGAGAGAAGGUGUGAUGCAUCAAGUAAAACAUUUAGCAGAAUCAGAGUCUUUGUUGACAAGUCCUCCAAAGGCAUGUACAAAUGGGUCAGGAUCACUGGGAUCUACACCACCAGCCAGCAGUGGGACUGCCACGGCAGCAACCAAUGCCUCUGCUGAUCUCGGCUCACCUAGCUUGCAGCAUAGCAGAGAUGAUUCUCUGGAUCUGAGCCCUCAAGGUCGAUUAAGUGAUGUUCUCAAGAGAAAACGACUGCCAAAACGAGGGCCAAGAAGGCCAAAGUAUUCCCCCCCAAGAGAUGAUGACAAAGUAGACAAUCAAGCUAAAAGCCCUACCACUACUCAGUCACCUAAAUCUUCCUUUCUGGCAAGUUUGAAUCCAAAAACAUGGGGAAGGUUAAGCGCACAGUCCAACAGCAACAACAUUGAACCAGCACGAACUGCAGGAGUUAGUGGUCUUGCUAGGGCAGCCUCAAAAGACACCAUAUCCAAUAAUAGAGAAAAAAUUAAAGGCUGGAUUAAGGAGCAGGCACAUAAAUUUGUUGAACGUUAUUUUAGUUCUGAGAAUAUGGAUGGAAGCAACCCUGCCUUGAAUGUCCUUCAGAGACUUUGUGCUGCAACUGAACAACUCAACCUCCAGGUGGAUGGUGGAGCUGAGUGCCUUGUAGAAAUCCGUAGCAUAGUCUCGGAGUCAGAUGUUUCUUCAUUUGAAAUUCAACAUAGUGGGUUUGUGAAGCAACUGUUGUUGUAUUUGACAUCUAAGAAUGAAAAGGAUGCUGUCAGCAGAGAGAUCCGAUUAAAGCGUUUCCUUCAUGUAUUUUUUUCUUCUCCACUUCCUGGAGAAGAGCCUCUUGGAAGAGUAGAACCAGUGGGCCAUGCGCCUUUGUUGGCAUUGGUUCACAAGAUGAACAACUGUCUUAGCCAAAUGGAGCAAUUUCCAGUCAAAGUGCAUGAUUUCCCUAGUGGAAAUGGAGCUGGAGGCAGCUUUUCUCUCAACAGAGGAUCACAAGCUUUAAAAUUUUUCAACACACAUCAGUUAAAAUGUCAGUUACAAAGACACCCAGACUGUGCAAAUGUGAAGCAGUGGAAAGGCGGUCCUGUCAAGAUUGAUCCCCUGGCUCUGGUGCAAGCUAUUGAGAGAUACCUUGUGGUUAGAGGAUAUGGAAGAGUAAGAGAAGAUGAUGAAGACAGUGAUGAUGAUGGGUCAGAUGAAGAAAUAGAUGAGUCUCUGGCUGCUCAAUUUUUAAAUUCGGGAAAUGUAAGGCACAGGCUACAGUUUUAUAUUGGAGAACAUCUACUACCAUACAACAUGACUGUGUAUCAGGCCGUGCGGCAGUUCAGCGUACAAGCUGAAGAUGAAAGAGAAUCUACUGAUGAUGAGAGCAAUCCUCUGGGAAGAGCUGGAAUUUGGACAAAGACUCAUACAAUAUGGUACAAACCCGUGAGAGAGGAUGAAGAAAGUAGUAAAGAUUGUGUUGGUGGCAAAAGGGGGAGAGCCCAAACAGCUCCAACAAAAACUUCCCCCAGAAAUGCAAAGAAACAUGAUGAGUUAUGGCAUGAUGGAGUGUGCCCGUCAGUAGCAAAUCCUUUAGAAGUUUACCUCAUUCCCACACCACCUGAAAAUAUCACCUUUGAAGACCCAUCUUUAGAUGUAAUACUUCUUUUAAGAGUUUUACAUGCCAUCAGUCGAUAUUGGUAUUACUUGUAUGAUAAUGCGAUGUGCAAGGAGAUUAUUCCUACUAGUGAAUUUAUUAACAGUAAAUUAACAGCAAAAGCGAAUAGGCAGCUUCAAGAUCCUCUAGUAAUCAUGACAGGAAACAUCCCACCAUGGCUCACUGAGCUAGGAAAGACCUGCCCAUUUUUCUUUCCUUUUGAUACCCGACAAAUGCUUUUUUAUGUAACUGCAUUUGAUCGGGACCGAGCAAUGCAAAGAUUACUUGAUACCAACCCAGAAAUCAACCAGUCUGAUUCUCAAGACAGCAGAGUUGCGCCUAGAUUGGAUAGAAAAAAACGUACUGUGAACAGAGAGGAGCUACUGAAACAAGCCGAGUCUGUGAUGCAGGACCUUGGUAGCUCUCGGGCCAUGUUAGAAAUCCAAUAUGAAAAUGAGGUUGGUACAGGUUUGGGGCCAACACUGGAGUUUUAUGCACUUGUUUCUCAGGAACUACAGAGAGCUGACUUGGGUCUCUGGAGAGGUGAAGAAGUAACUCUUAGCAAUCCAAAAGGAAGCCAAGAAGGGACCAAGUAUAUUCAAAACCUGCAGGGCCUGUUUGCGCUUCCCUUUGGUAGGACAGCUAAGCCAGCUCACAUCGCAAAGGUUAAGAUGAAGUUUCGCUUCUUAGGAAAACUAAUGGCUAAGGCUAUCAUGGAUUUCAGAUUGGUGGACCUUCCACUUGGCCUCCCUUUUUAUAAGUGGAUGUUGCGGCAGGAAACUUCACUGACAUCUCAUGAUUUAUUUGACAUUGAUCCUGUUGUAGCCAGAUCAGUAUAUCACCUAGAAGACAUUGUCAGACAGAAGAAAAGACUGGAGCAGGAUAAGUCUCAGACCAAAGAGAGUCUACAGUAUGCAUUGGAAACUCUUACGAUGAAUGGCUGCUCAGUGGAAGAUUUGGGAUUAGAUUUUACGCUGCCAGGAUUUCCCAACAUUGAAUUGAAGAAAGGAGGGAAGGAUAUUCCAGUUACUAUCCACAAUUUGGAAGAAUACCUAAGAUUGGUGAUAUUCUGGGCACUAAAUGAAGGUGUUUGUCGGCAGUUUGACUCAUUCAGAGAUGGGUUUGAAUCGGUCUUCCCCCUCAGCCAUCUUCAGUACUUCUACCCAGAAGAGCUGGACCAGCUUCUGUGUGGCAGUAAAGCAGACACUUGGGAUGCAAAGACACUGAUGGAAUGCUGCAGGCCUGAUCAUGGCUAUACUCAUGACAGUCGGGCUGUGAAGUUCUUGUUUGAGAUUCUCAGUAGUUUCGAUAAUGAGCAGCAGAGGUUGUUUCUCCAGUUUGUGACUGGUAGCCCACGUUUGCCGGUUGGAGGAUUUCGAAGUUUAAAUCCACCUCUGACGAUUGUGCGGAAGACAUUUGAAUCAACAGAAAACCCAGAUGACUUCUUACCAUCUGUGAUGACUUGUGUGAACUAUCUUAAGUUGCCGGACUACUCAAGCAUUGAGAUAAUGCGAGACAAACUGUUGAUAGCAGCAAGAGAAGGCCAACAAUCGUUCCAUCUUUCCUGAUCACAACAAGAAAUCAGUGUCUGCCUGUUACAGCAAAAGAAAAAAAUCAUGAUUUCUUUUCUGUGUCACCUGAGUCAAGGAAACAUGUUCCUCUCUCUUGUUGUAGGAAAAUGGCUUGCAGAUUAUAAUUCAUAAUGGCCCUGUGGACUUAAGUGAUCAGGCCCUAAAGCAUUGUUGUGAUGAGGUUUCUUUAGCAAGUUCUUGUUUAAAUUAUCAUUUAUUUGAUGAGUGAAGUUUUUAACUUGCUUUGCUGUGUGAAAUUUCAAAGGGAUGUUUUUUCAGGCUGGAACAAUAAAUGUCGCUGUGCAGUUUAAUUCUGGGCUGUGUGUAUCCAUCUAGCUAAGUCUGCAGUUUUGUUUCUUCCAAAGACAACUCUUGUACAUAAGUACAGACAUUAAACUCAUGUGUAUUUGACAACUCUAGCUUAGUAAAUGGGUUCUGUGUGCCUUCCACCUCUCUCUAAUUUUCUUUUCCCAGUUCAUUGCUGCCUCUGCAGUUCAUACAAGUUUGGUGUUUGGUUUUUGUUUGUUUGUUUUGCUUUUUAACUACAACACGCACAAUUUCAUUAGCCCUGGGCCUUGUCAUCCUGUGUUCAUUCAAAUUAAGAUAAAAUCUAAAAUUCAUUGAAUUGAAAAUAUAUUCUCAAUAUAAUUCAGCCUUUGUAACUAGGUAGGUAGAUUUUUCUUAUAGCUUAGUUUUAAAAUAGUUACAGAGCACUCUUGGCUUUUUGCCAAGUGAUACACUAGGUCUGUUUACAUGGUAUUUCCAUUGUCCUCUGGAAAGGAGGAAGGAAAGCUCAUUCGUUUUUCUGUAUAGGUCCCCAGCUUGGGCUGGCCAGUAUUUAUUCUGUGGCCAAACCAUUUUGAAUUGAUGUAAAGUUUCAAAUGAAUGUUUUUUCCCCCUGUAUUGGAGUUUAAAAAGAUAUUUUAUCCCUUGCUCCUAUUUGUUUCUGUUCUGGGUCUUUAUUUCACUCUCGUCUUCUCCCAGCGUCAAUUGCGGAUGAUAAACCUUUGUCUCCACACAAAUCAAAGCACCUGUAAGCAAUGUUGUCCAUUUCUUUGUGUGCUCAUUUCUUAGAUCUGCAAUAAUCCAUCAGGUUAAUGUUUUUACCUAAAAAUAAAACAGAUUUUGCUUCACAAUUUUUGUUUAUAGUUCUGUGCUGUCACACAUACCCACCUGUCUAAGCGCUUACAUUACAGUGUAAGUAAGUUGUCCUGUGGCCACAAGUCAAGCCAUGGUGGGUCUUGCUGCUAUUUACAGCUUCUUGAAGAACAUAAAAUGUGGCAAGGAAGCAGAUUCUCUUUCUUCAUGAGGCUCAAAUGAAGACUAAUGAAUUUGAACUCUGACUUCAUCUCCUUCAGUAUGAGAUGCACCAUUUAAAAACAAACAAACAAACAAACCUGAACUUUGAAGAAACUAAUUGUACUGACAUAGAGCUGCCUUCUUUAUUCCAUCAUUCAAAAGGAAGGUAGUGGGUUAGUUUACUCCUGUAACGGUCAUUCUACACUGACCUUGCCUUAUGUGGACACACAUCCCUUGGUGACAGAAAUAUCUUGACAGUCUGCCCAGUCAGUGGGGAGGAGUUGGGGCCAGGAUGUCUCUGCUCACAGAGGCUUGUGAAUGAGCAAUGUUACCUGGAGGGAGUUGGGUUCUGCACCUUCACCUUGAUGGCUAUGGGAUCUGGGUCCCUUAGUCUCCUGUUCUCAUGUUUUACAAACUGAGCACAAAGAUUUUUGUGUGAAAAUAGCAUUUUCCCCCUCACUUUUUGAAGAUCUGUUAAAAUGUAGACAUCUGUAUAAAACAAAGUGAUGUUUCAUAUUAAAAUAAUAUGUAUUUGCAUUUUACAUCGUGGUGCUGGCAGAUUUGGUUUCAUUGAUUCCUUAUAUCUAUUCAAUGGUUAUUAUGGUUCUGACUGGAGUAUUUCAGAGUCCACAGUCACUUAAAAGUUUGCUUAAUACAUGGGACCUGUGGUUAAUUUGGGGUCAGGAAGAUCACACUUUAAAGCACUCUCUGAGCAGAGGCCUUAUUGUGCACUAGGGGUGUAUACACUUGGUUUGCUGUCCUCGAGUGGUUUAAGUCAGGGACCUACCAACAGGCAUGCUUGGUAUGCUUUCAACACUCACUGUCAUUCCAGUGUGCUGUCAGGAUGUUAACGGAACUUCUUCCUGGUCCCAGGAAAGUAAACUACAGUUUAGGUCUAGGUGGCAGUAGAUGUCGUGGCCCAGUUGAGCAACACUAGGGAAGAAGUCUGGAUAUUUUGAAACCAGGUACACCUCAUGAGGAGUGGUGUAGCCAACAGGUGCCUUCUGGUUCAGGAGUGACUUCCUUGGGCAUCCUAUGUAUAAAGGGCAAGAACAGAGCACCAGCUUCUGUAUCUCACAGGCAGAUUGUCCCCAUCCCUUUUUGUGCCUAGCAGGGAUCCUCCUGUCUUUAUUCCGCCCAGCACUGUGCAGCCAUUCCUAGAUUUGUGGGGUUUGGGGCUUUGGGGCUUUUUUUUUUUAAAUGUGGCUGGUGAUGACCCAGUAAUAGGUCCUAGUGGAUCAAGCAUCAACCCCACUGAGCCAUCUCCCAGCCAUCACCGGGCAGAUUGGAGUUUGUGGUGGUCUCUCAAGUUCAUUUUGUUUUGAGAUUCCCUUUUCACUUCUUAACAAUAAGUACAAGUUCAGGAAAUAGGAAGGUUAGCAAAAACAAUUUGUCAAGAAUGAUUUAUUGGGAGGAAAUACAUAAAAGUACAUUAAAAUGCCUAGUCUUUGCAUUCUUCUGGGUGUUCUACUAACAGAAGUGGCUUCCAUUUCUUGUAUGCUUUGGUUUUCUGACCCAUUUUGUUUCCCCCAUUGUAAUAAGAAUAUUGUCUUGAACUGGUUUGCUUUGUAUGAUUCUUUUGAAAAGUGUUACAUAGGUGUUAGAUUUGAUGCUGCAUCAGCUGGUAUCUACAGUAAAGAGUGACCUAAGUGACAGGCCACUGGAAAGUCUUGGUUACCCAGCCAAGUAAUAACCCUGGCACAUCUCACAGCGCUUCACUGGGUCAAAAAGUUGGCAUACACUAAGAAGUUCAAAUGAACGAUUAUUAGUUCAAGAAGAAAUUUCUUAAUGCUUACAGACUUGUUCUGUAUCAAGGAGACAUUCUUUAGUAACGGAAGAGGGAGUUUUAUUUUUACUACAUGACCAAACUGAUAAACUACUGCUGGUCUCUGUAAAGUGUUUUCUUUCUCUUUUGAUCUGAACCAUUUAUAUAAACUGCUGGAAUAAUGGAACUUCAGACUACCAAGUGUGUAUGUAAAAUUGCAUCGAUGCCCUGACUUCUGACUAUAUUUUUAAUAAACAGCAUUAUCCUUCGUGGUUA